UAUUUUUACUGAUUUGAGAGCGUGUGUAGGUUAUAUUUUGAAUUUGAUUUUAUUUAUAGCUUCAAAAUGCCUCGAAGUCGAUCAAAAUCAAAGUCUCGGUCAAGAUCUAAGAGUCGUAGUACUUCACCUCGCCGAAAACGAAAAGAAAGAACGUACAGAAAACGUGGAUCCAGGAGCCACAGCAGAUCUCGGUCAAAACACCGAACAAGAAGUCGUUCUCCGGCUUACAGAAGGGARAGAUCCCCAAGAAGGCGAAGAUCUCGUUAUUCUAGAAGUAGAAGUCGUUCUCCAAGUGUAGAUAGAUUUGGCCGUACAAUACCUAAAAGGAAAGAUGAUGAGACAAAAAAGAAAGAAGAAGAAGAAAGAUUGGCUGAAAUGGAACGACAAAGGAAAAUUCGAGCAGCAGAGAGAGAGCAAAAGCUAAUUGAAGAAGAAACACAAAAAAGAGUUGAAGAAAUGGUAGCAAAGAGAGUUGAAGGGGAACUUGCAAAACACAAAGAUGAAAUUGACACAGAAGUCAUGCGACGUGUUGAAGAAGCUAAAAAAGUAAUGGAAAAACAAAUGUUAGAAGAAUUUGAAAGGAGAAAAGUUGAACAAAUGGAGGCACUUCGCAAGAAAGAGGAGGAAGAAAGGCAAYAGCGAGAAAGGCUUCUUAAGCUUGUAGCAGAAAAACAAAAGGCUUUAGACGAUGCUGAGCAACAACUGGCUGAGGAGCGUUUAGCUAUGGUUAGAGAAAGAGGGCUCCURAAUGAACAGAAAUCCAGACUUGAAAAAGAAAUCCGUAAGCAAGAACUAGCAUCUCAAGAGCUUAUUCUUAACAAAACCAAAAGUGCUCGUCCAAAGCUGUCGUUUGGUGUCAAGACAAAGACUGGGUUUUAAAUGAUUGCCUUCAUAUGUAACACAAGUUUUUCCCAUUUUAUGUGUGUCCGUUUUACAUAGUUGUAUCAGUUGUGUUGUUGUAUGGUAAAUGUGUCUUCAUCUUCUAAUGUUUUGUGGCUMUGUYCAUACAUUCCAGUCUAAGUCUUAAAACCAGAGAAAAAUUGCCUUCUUUUUUGCAUUCUGGAAAUGGUUUUGGAUGAAAAAAUCUUAAAUAUAGGACCCUGCUAAUAGGGUGCUCUAUGAGGUCACUAUAAGUAUGACAGUCUGCUGUGUACGAAACCGUUUUUGAAAUUUUAAUUAACUCAAAUUUACCUUUAUUUUCAUUAGUUAUUAUUAACUCCAAGAAAUUUGUUUGUGAAUAACUUAAUAUUUUAAAUUUAGCAUGAGACCCAUAGAGAUUAUAUUUAUGAAACAUUGUAAAAAACUCUUUCAUAUCUUGUCUUUACAAUUUUUCAAGAGGUAAGUAUUUAUAAUAUAUUUUGUUCUGACAAAUUUUUUUCCAAAAAAAAAUUGAAGAUAACACUUUCUUCCUUGUGGCUUGCACAUUUUUACAAACUGAUUACAAAGUGAUAUUAAAAAGUAAAAGAUUUUGUGCYGAAACUGAUUUUUUAUGGCUAAACUGAAAGAAAGAAACAUUCUUGUAAAAGUACAUGUAAAAAUGUAAAGUUGAAGGUCAAACCAAAUGUCAUCAGUAAUGUGAUUACGGACAUGAAAAGGAUUUCUUUAACCAUUUAUCUCAUUUUCUAAUAAUUUGCCUUGUAUGAAAACCAUUUAGUUUGUAUAUAAAAAUAAACAUACUCUGCAAAAUUUC